CCCUGGCUGUCAGCGUAUUGACGUGCGAAGAUGGGUGAUUGUUGACGGCUGACAGUCAGUUCAAUGAACAGAACUCAAUCUCAUUAAAGGCCGUGCGAAACAAUUUCCAAAUGUUUUUGGAAACAAGAGAAAGUCGACAAUCAACAGUCACUGCGAAUCAGCAAAGCAUUUGAGAAUGUCAGAACAGUUCCCACAGCAGCGGCAGAUCACCAUGACUGAAGUGGUAGCAGGGAAGCCUGUUGCAAGCGUUGAAAGAAUCAAGAGGGUGUUCCGGACCUCCAUGCUGUUUCAUUUCAUCAACGUGCUCCUACAGGUGCUCCUCCACAAAAGUCACAACCUGCUCCAAGAGGAGAUCGCCCUGGCAGUGUACAACAUGGCCUCCGUGGACUUUGAUGCCUUCUACUCCUCCUUCAUGACCGAGUUCCUCAAUGGCUGCCAGAGCGUGGACGCCAACCAGCGGGCGGUGCUCUGCCGCAACUUUAAACUGGAGACUUAAUGAGACUUAAUGGGAAUGGGUUUAUAGAGUGGGAGUCUGGGGUAGGGUUUGGUAUACUGUAUUUCAUAGUAAAAGAGGUGGUGGUGGGGUAUUAGCCCAAUAUUAUAUGGUUAUGUGCUCUUGGAAUUAUCAGAGACUCUGGACUGAGAAAUACGAGUGGAAAACUGUGGUAGCAUCGUUGUAUCUCUUUCCAGUGGAAAACUGGAUGCUUACAGUAUGACAGGAUAUAAUUGUUUAAUUACUAUACAAUCUGUUGUGCAUGUGACUUUACAUAUGUACAACAAAAUGUCUAAACUUCCCAUGGCCCAUAUUUGGGAAUGGGGGAGGGCUUAUAAACAAACUCCCAUAUGCAACAUGCAAUUUACAUUGGCUCUUUUCCAAUAUAUACACUAGCACACACUGGUGGGAUGGUUCCAAUGGAUGUUACGGUACAUUGAAUGUUUGCAUGACUUCAAAUGUUUGAUUUCUUUGUAACCAGUGUCUCUCUCUCUCUCUCUCUCUCUCUCUCUCUAGGACUUGCCCUCCUUCACUCAGAGUGUGCACAGACUGGUAAACGACCUGCGUUAUUACAGAUUGUGUAAUAGCAGCCUCCCUACGGGCACUGUCAAGCUAUAGCACAUCACCCAUGGGCACGCUCCACACAGCUCAGAUUUUCAACAUUGGGGUCUGUCCAAACCAGUGCUGGCCGCUCCCCUCCUAUCUACCCCCUCUAUUGAGCCUCCCAGGGGGAUAGGAACUCCACAUGGGCUGGCCUGUCUUUUGGGUUGGGAGGGGUUUGGGUUGAAGAUUCUCUGAGAAAAGUACGGACUGGCGGUUGUGCUCUAGGACCUUCAUUUCUGCUGUAGAGGGUUUUUAUUAUUUCAUUUUUUAGCAACAGUGCCCUUGACUUGUCUGUUGCCAUUGAUGAUGACAAGGCCAAAUUGAUAUGCGGCAAGAUGGGCAGACCUGGUCUUGUCUAGACCCAAUUUAAAUCCAGAUUGAAGCGGUCUGAGCCAGGGCCAGGCUGGGAUUCAGCACUUUCCAACUCGAUUUUGAGUUUUUAAAACAAACGUGUACGUUUUUAUUGAUCUUGCCUUCAGUUUUUAAUUUCCAAAGGAGACAGACUUUCAACUUGUCUUUCAUAUCAUUCCAUUCUGAAACAGAAUAAACUAUGCUUAAUUAAUAAAGUUUUUUUUUACUUAGUUUUUUUGUGCUAUGACAUUGUGACACUAUGAUGAAUCUUGCAAUGUCAAUGUUUUUGCAUUUCUUUCAAAUGUAAAGUAGACUUCAAAAGAAAGCAAUGUACAAUGAUUAUAAGGUUGAAAUAAAAAACCUGCAUUCACA